CCUAAUUUUAGACCAGUCAGCUUGAUGCCAAAGGGAAAAGGAUAGCCCAAGUGACAAGAAAACACUUCUUACUAUGAAUUGGUUUAGAAGUUACUUCUCUAAGUGUCCGGAGGAUAUUUCCUUACUUAACAUACACUCACCUUUGUUGUUUUCACUCAUAUCAUCUGAAGAUGAACAACAGUUUAUUUCCAACUUGAGAAGCCAUGUACCAGCCUGCACGGUGGUGAAGCAGCCUGUCCGGGGAGCCAGUGGCAGCACCACGAUCACAGCGAUUGUCCAGACUGGCAGGGAUUGGAGCACCGGCCUCUUCAAUGUCUGCAGAGAUAGGAGAAUUUGUUUCUGCGGUUUAUUUUGUCCAAUGUGUCUUGAGUGUGACAUUGCCAGGCAUUAUGGAGAGUGUCUUUUUUGGCCAUUGUUACCUGGGUCCACACUUGCACUGAGGAUUGGCACCAGAGAGAGACAUAAAAUACGGGGAACACUGUGUGAGGAUUGGCUGGCGGUGCACUGCUGUUGGCCUUUUUCCAUCUGUCAGGUGGCCCGGGAACUCAAGAUGAGGACCUCCCAACUCUAUGAACUCUGUGCAGUCCCUUCAACUAAAGACGCCCUGGUUUGACAAAGCAAGAUAACUUCUCACUCUCCCACUCCUUCCUCUCGAACCCUUCUUAGUAGAAAGAUUGUUUUUCUUCUUUCCAUUGAAACAGAAUGAAAAUAAAUGAUUUCCCCUGCUACUGUC